AUGGCCCAGAGGAGGGCUGUGAAUGAAGAGACCAACUCCGGCUGGGAUGCCCACAGCCCGAAAGAAUCUUAUGUUUUUAAAGUAGUCCUUUUGGGUGACAGCUCUGUAGGGAAGUCGAGCUUAGCUUACCGCUAUGUGAAAAAGGACUUCCGGGACUCUCUGCCUACAGUAGGCUGUUCCUUCUUCAAUCAGUGUGUCACUUUAGAUGCCACCACAAUUAAGUUGGAGAUCUGGGACACCGCUGGCCAAGAGAAGUACCACAGUGUCUGCCAUCUCUACUACCGAGGGGCAAACGCAGCUCUUCUGGUCUAUGACAUUGCCAGGAAGGAAAGUUUUGAGAAAGCUAAGGUGUGGCUGAGUGAACUGGAGAAAGAAUUCCUUCAGGAUGAAAUAAUUAUAAUUUUGGUUGGCAAUAAGCUCGAUCUUUCCGCAGAACGGGAGGUCUCAAUACAGGAGGCCCAAGAAUUUGCAAAGACGAAAUGCAUAUUGUACAUGGAAACCUCAGCAAAGUCUGAUUACCAAGUGACGGAGCUCUUCAUGAUGCUAGCUCAUGAGUUGUUAAAACUGGAGCAAGAAAAAGAGAAUCCGCUUCAGACAGCGCAUUGGAAGAAAUCGCAGAUUGAUUUGCAACAGACAACUUUCCACCUAACUAAAUGCUGCUAG